AACGCCACGUCUAAAACAAGGCACAAACUCAAAAUCCCCAAAUUGUAGUAUUUUCUAGGGUUUCUAGCAAAUCAUGUCGGAGUUGAUGAAGUCAUACAUUGCUGUUGAUAAUGAAGGCCUUGCCGUUUACGAAUCACCGUCGCUGAAGCGAAAGGCUGCUUUUCACGACAGUUCUGAUACUGACGAAGAGAAGGAGGACAAGAGCGAUGGUGAUGCUGCUGCUUCUGAAGGCGGCGAAGAUGCUGCUGCGUCUGAAGGCCGCGAGGACGCUGCUGCUUCUGAAGGCGGCAAAGAUUAUGCUGCUUUUGAGGGCACCGAUGAAGAAAAAAGGGAAAUGCAGGAGUACUUGAGAAUUGUGGCGGAGUCUGAUGGUUUCAAUAUUGGAAAAGCUCUCACUGCGCAUCAUAUUGGUGGUACAGAGGUGCUUGAUGUGAAAGAUUUAGAAGAUGCUCGUACCACGGACUGCAUUGAGGCUGUCACUCUAGCAAUUGAGCUAGAGAACGAGGUGGAGGGUGCAAAUUUAGAAUUUGUGGAGGUAAUCAAGGCAAAUUGGACAGGAUUUACUUAUUAUUGGGUAACCUUUACAGCUAAAAACAAGACUACAGGAAAGGUGGACACUUAUCAAUCGAAGAUCUUUAACAAUUUGGCUGCUGGCGAGAUUGAAGUCGAUUCAUUCAAUCUUAAACCAAGUGGAGAUAGUACAGCUAUCCAAGCUUAAUUCUAUUCAUCAAGAUGACAGAAGAUGCUUAUGAAUUAUGGACAUGUCAGACAGAUUUCUGAUUUCUAUUUAGGCUGUAUAUAUACUUUUCCUGAUGACUAAAUCUAUGACUUCCAUAGGAGUUUAUUUAUGAUGUGUAUUAAGAUGGCAUAUCAUAGUUCUACAUUUUGCAAGACUUUGUGGAAGUUAUUAACUUUAUCCGAUUUGAACUUAUUAUCUAUAUUAAAUAUUUAUGUUUAAGACGAUGAUUA